AUGAGAUCAGAGACGUUGACUCUGAUGCUGGUGAAUCUGGCUGGUAUAAUGCAGCGGGCCGACGAGUCUCUGCUACCAGGAGUGUACAAAGAGGUUGGUGCGGCCCUACACACUGACCCAACAGGCCUGGGCUCACUCACUCUCUUCAGAUCCAUUGUACAGUCCUUGUGCUACCCACUCGCCGCUUAUCUGGCUAUUCGUCACAACCGUGCCCACGUUAUCGCCCUCGGCGCUUUUCUCUGGGCCGCCGCCACUUUCCUCGUUGCCAUCUCCUCCACAUUCUUACAGGUGGCGAUUUCAAGAGGAUUGAAUGGAAUAGGACUUGCCAUAGUCAUACCAGCUAUCCAGUCCCUUGUUGCUGACUCAACUGACGAGAGCAACCGCGGUAUGGCUUUUGGAUGGCUACAAUUGACAGGAAACCUUGGCGCAAUUCUAGGUGGCCUAUGUUCUGUACUGAUAGCCUCAACAUCAUUCAUGGGUAUACCCGGGUGGAGAAUUGCAUUCCAUCUCGUUGGACUAGUAAGUGUUAUCGUUGGCAUUUUGGUCCGCAUCUUUGCCAAUGAUCCCCUCUUUAUCGAUACUAGUAAAGCUAAAGCUCAAAAUCCAAAUAGUUCCUUUUGGUCAGAAAUGGAGGACCUGAUUAAAGAAGCAAAAUCAGUUAUGAAAAUUCCGACUUUUCAGAUAAUUGUAGCUCAAGGUGUGGCAGGAUCAUUCCCCUGGUCAGGUUUCUCAUUUACCCCUAUGUGGUUAGAACUUAUUGGCUUCUCUCAUAAAACAACAGCAUUGCUCUGGACUCUCUUCAUUAUCGCUACUUCACUUGGAGGUCUGUUUGGAGGAAAGAUGGGGGACAUCCUUGCCAAGCGCUUACCAAACGCUGGGAGAAUAAUCCUGUCACAGAUAAGUGCUGGUUCAGCCAUCCCUUUAGCAGCAAUACUACUGCUUGGGUUGCCUCAUGAUCCUUCAACGGCAUUUAUGCACGGUUUAGUCCUUUUCAUCAUGGGAUUAAUCACAUCUUGGUGUGCUCCGGCCACAAACAAUCCAAUAUUUGCAGAGAUUGUUCCGGAGAGAUCUCGAACAUGCAUCUAUGCUUUGGAUAUGUCUUUUGAGUCAAUAUUAACAUCAUUCUCUCCUCCCCUAGUUGGAAUUUUGGCUCAGCAUGUUUAUGGUUAUAAACCAAUUGCAAAAGGAUCAACAAACUCGGAAGAAAUUAAAAUGGAUAGAGAGAAUGCUGCACCACUUGCAAAGGCAUUAUACACAGCGAUAGGCAUUCCAAUGGCAAUCUGUUUCAUUAUCUACUCCUUCCUCCACUGUACAUAUCCGAGAGACCGGGAAAGAGCAAGAAUGGAUGCUUUAUUAAUAGAGUCAGAGAUGCUGCAAAUAGAGUCACAUAACAGUCCUUCAAGAGAAGAAUACUCUCAACUUCGUGUUGCAGAAUUAGAUGAGCCACACACAAAGGAAAGAAGUGUGAUUGAAAUAGAUUAUGAAGGAGUGGAAAGCCUUGAUCUUGAUGAGAGUGAUGAGAAGAGACUACUUUCCCGUCAGUUGUCAUUCUCAGAUCCAGGCAAGUAAUGGACUCAGUCAAUAGAAGCUCGUUGAGUAAAUCAUAUUACUCCUCAUCAAAAGUGGAAUGAUUGGAGGAAAGCAUAAUCCCUCAUUUUUGUUUUUUAUUUUUUAUUUUUUUCCUUUUUGCUUUUCUUUUCUCUCUCUACAACUGAGAAGAGACAACUUGUAUGGCACGAGCAAAUACACGAGACCAUGACCAAACUACCCAAGACAAUCUUGAAUAAAGGAAACUCAGAUUUAUUCGAACUUUUAUGAUUAAGGAUGACUUACAGAGUCAGGUUAUUCAUUGGUAAGCAUUCAUAUAUUUCAUUUAGCA